GCGUCUCUGCCUCUUUACUCUCCCUCCCGCAAACGCGAAAUCCUGCAUUUCAUCAUCAUCGGCGGGGGACCCACAGGCGUUGUACUAGCUGCUGAAAUCGACGAGUUGAUCCAUGGGCAUUUGGUGAAACUCUAUCCGGAGCUCUCAGUGUAUGAUGUUGCGGACCGCAUGUUGGGGAAUUUUGGGGAGAGACUGAGUGAGUAUACGAUGGAACGGUUUAGACGGAGGGAGCUUAGGAUUUGUAUGGGGCGCCAUAUUGAGGGGUUUGAGGGAGGGGGGAUGUGGGUUAAGGAGGAUGGGGUGGUGAGGUUUGGGGUCGCGGUUUGGUGUGUCGGGAAUAAAGCUUGUGGGCUUGUUGAGGAUCUAGAUGUUAGGAAGAGCAAGGGCGGUAUAGGACGGGUUCUUACUGACAGCUAUCUCCGUGUUUUGAAACCGGGGAAAGACAGGGAGGUCGUGGGCGGUGUCUACGCCCCGGGGAUGCGGCUGAUAUUGAUGGACAUUCGUUACCCGCUACGGCUGAGGUGGCGGUCCAGAAGGGGAAGUUUCUUGCGAGAUACUUGAUUGAUGGUGAGAGGGAGAGGAGGGGUUACAGUGUGAGCAGAAGGCGGUCGUGGCGUAUAUUGGACGUGGGGAUGGGGUGGUGGAUGGUAAGGAGGGGGAGUGGACGGAAGCCGCUGCUUGGGCGGCUUGGAGGGGGGGUAGUCUUGAAAGGACUAGGAGUUGGAGGCGGAGAGUUAUGAUUAUCCUUGUUUGGGUUAUGAAUAAAUUUGAUGGGAGGGAGAUUGCGAGGCAGUAGCGAGGGGAGUUGGGGCUUGGAAAGGUGUGUUUUUGGCAAGGAAAGAGACUGUCCACAGCUAGAGAUAUGUAAGGAUGAUCAACGAUUUUGUGAAUCAUUCUGCUCCAAACAGUUCGUUUGAGGAAGGAGGGGAAAUAGGAAUAUAAAGUCAGUCAACUUUCCUACUCUGAUCCGCC